AUAUGGUACUGAAUGGGUUCAACCAGUAUUUUCUGUUUACUUGUUAAUAAAUAUGUCGGACUCUCCUCAAGAAUCACAACAGUCGACGAGCUGUUCCAAGGUCGAGAACCCGCAAUCUCAGCCAUCAACGAGUCAUAAAUUUGAAUUUAUCGAAACUCCCAAGUGGUCUUACGUUAAUGAUGUAAAGAAAAAGUGGAAUGUUGUCAAAGUUUUCCGAAUGCUUGGCACUCGAGAGCAAGCUAUUGCUUUCGCUGAGGAGAACUGCAUGAUCCCAAAAUCAAAAAUGUGUCGGCACAUUGAAGGUCAGUGGGUGCUGGGAAUGAUAGAAGAUGGGAGUGAGGAUCUUCGAUUAGAAGUUUGCCCAAAUAAUAUCAGGACUGCAGAAGUUCUGGUUCCCUUAAUACAGAAACAUGUGGCUGAGGGUACCACCAUUCAUAUUAAUGUUGGGGAAGCAUAUGACACCUUAAAAGAUCAUAAUUAUGUUCUCAAGAAAAUGACUGAUAAUUUUCCUGCAAAUCCUUUAUGCAUGCACACACAGAAAAUAGAGGCACAAUGGCGUGUGGUUAAGCAAUUCUUUUCAAAAGAUCUUUACAAUAGAGAAAAUUUAGCUGAUUUUAUUAUUGAGUAUUUAUGGAGACGUUAUAUUAUUAUAAAUAAAUGUGAUCCUUUUGAGGAGUUAAUUAAAGCUGUAAAAUAUGUCUAUAAACAAUAUUAAAAAA